UACAAGAUAAAUUAAUCACACGGUUUGGAAAUGUCUAUAUCACUUUAGUAAGAUUGAAUAGGAAUGUAAUACAAUCUGUUUUCAAUCAAAGCUCCACCCUGGUGGUACAUACUAUGUGUUUCAAACUGUCGCUUAUCUUUCAGACUGCACCGAGGGAGGACUGCAGGGUUGGCUGACAAUUCAACCUUUAAAAUACCCACGUUCUUUUCAAGUUUACUGCAACUACGGCUUAACGUAUAUCCUUCGCAGAUCAAAAUACUCAGCAAAUACUGCCUGCCAACGCUUUACACCAGGAGGCAACAUCGAGUACUACAAAAAGACGCAUGGUACCCCAGAAAAUUGUGACUAUUUCAUUGGCUUGGAGCAGCUGUGGGCGAUUCUUCGUCAAGGCUUUUACAUCAUGGAGACUUUCCUUCAGUAUCAUUUCAUUGGUAUGACCGACCCAGUUUCCUUGACAGCAAAUUACACCAACUUCUCCAUUGGAGAUGAAAAUUCUGGUUUCGCCUUAAACUACAAUAUCUAUAUGGACAAAUUUGACAAUGCUAAGAAUCCUAACCGCAAACGAGGAAAGGAAAUCUUCCAGAACGACCGACCUCGCCGCUUUUGUGCACCGGCUGACCCGAACUGCGCCUGCGCCACGACUAAGAGCGCCUCCUGGUGGUACGGAAGUGACUGCCUAUCCGAGUUCCCGCUGACGGCGCUCUCGCCCGAGGAUCUCGAAAUCCCAGUAGACGGCACGCCAUUACAUCUGUCGUUGGCCACGAUGACGUUUUACCCAUAUUAUUUUUAUAAGUGAGUUUGCCAUGCAAAUUAUUAUGACAAUUUUAAUACACGCUUAACAGACUGGUGCACACUGUGGUGGAGUAAAACCAAGUUCGCCCUUAUUCCAGACAUAAUAGUUUUCAAU